GUAUUAAGUCCUGUCUCUUAAAACGUAGUGAUUAUAUUCUCUCUGAAAAAAUCUACGGUUUCUAACCAAGUAAAGACUAUGAGUUGAAUUUAUCUUAAAAUUGUAUAUUUAUUUAAGACUAAUUAUUUUAACGACUCUAAACAAAAAUAUUAUUUAUUUCAUAUUUACAUGGCGUCACAGGCAUACAUUUUUGAAUUUGCCGCCAUAAUUUUUGUGCCAUCAAUCACGCUUGUUAUUUAAUUUUACUCGCACCGGAACCAACAAAGAAAACUUGUUAUAGACUUGUUUCCUUACGGACUAUGGUCAUAUUAUAAUUUAAUUCUCAUCACUAAAUUUAAUGUUACGAAGCUAUUCUGUGUUUACCGAACAGGCAGAAAUAAGUAAACGCAGCCAUUGUUGUUUAAGGAAGAUAUUUUACAGAAACUAUUUAGAUACUUACCUACCAGUAAAACGAUAAAGGAUUUAUUAUGACACAAUUAAUAUGGAAACAUGGAAUCGUAGAUAGCACGGUUGGACUUCACGUUUCUGCAAUUAUCAUGAUGAAUGGCGAAUUGUAAUAUAAUUUAUAGAAAUAGUAAGUAAUUGAGCAAUGGGUGACGAAUACAAAUUCAUAAAAGAUGUAAAAUUAUUUAUUGCAUUAUGGGAGGAUACACCAACAAAUAGAAAGAGACUUCAAGUCACAGAAUGUAUUGAAAAUGGAGCAGAUGUAAACGUAAGGUUUGCUACCAACGCAAACAACACACCGCUACACUUAGCUGUUAUAAAAGGGGACAAAGAUAUUGUGAACGUACUGUUAACUUAUGGUGCAAACACAAACAUCGCUAAUGACGCUGGUAAAACUGCUUUACAACUUGCAGAAGAACUGUCAGAGCGUUCCCAUAUAGCUGAAAUAUUAAUAGCUCACAGAGAAACGGAGUUAAAAGUGGAAAAAACUCCAGUUACGACUUCUAGAAAGUGUGAAUACAAGAAGCGCCCGGGGACAGCAAACGUGCGGGGACAACUGUACGAGACUAAACUAUUGACGACAAUCUUCUUGCGUAUUUUAAGAUGUAAACAAAUAGAAGAGUUCUAUUUAGGUACUAAUGUCGACGAAAUUGGUGAUUUAGAUGAUGUUUGCUUGAGAUUGAGGACAAGAAAUGAAGACAGUGUUAUAUUUUUACAAGCAAAAUACAAGCAUGAUGUUGUAAAAGGUAAGGUCCAGGAUUUAUGGAGACCGAACGGAGACUUCAGCGUGCUUAAAUAUUUUGAGAGCUAUUUGAAAAUUCGGGAAAAAUUUCACCCCGAUUCUGAUGACAAACUAUUUCAGGGUAGGUACGAUGCCGUAAAGUGCUACUUUGUCAUUUACACUACAGUCAAAGAUGAGAUAAAAAAUACCUACAAGAAAUUAGUCUCAGACCAUAUCGUGCAUAGUUUGUUAAGAACUGGAAAUCAUGAAAAUAUAUUUCAAUUUACUUGUGAGGAACAGUAUGUAGAAAUAUUGACAAAUGCAAAAUUGUUAGAACAAGUGAAAAACUUGGGUAAAAAGUUGAUUAAAUUUAUACAGGACCAAAAGUAUGACAAUAUGAUAUUGUGUGAUGAAAAUAUGCGCAAUUUCCACGUAGUACUCGCCCAAAAGGUAAUUAAAGUUUCCGGAAUCAAUGAAGAUGGACAACGCACCGGUACCUUCCGAGAAGAAUUUUUCUCCUCCAACGAACAACUACUAAUUAUUCUAAGAGAUACGUUAUACGCAGAAAUAGUAAAAAAUAACAAAAUGAGCGCAGAAGAGAUCGAGGCUUCAAUCCGCAGAAUUUCUGACGAGCCAACUGCGGAAAAUAUAGCGAACUUAAUCGGGAAUGUCCUCGUGUACGACAAUAAUAACGGCACUCUCAAAAUGGCAGACAAAAGUUUCGAAUACCAAUGUCAAUUGGUAUCAAGGCAAGUAGCUCAGUCCGAAAUUAUCGAAGCGUUUCAAAUUGCUGGUCGACGGAAACUUCAAAAACUGAUUUUUAAAUUACCUGCGGCAUUUGGUAACCUUGAUAUGACUAUAAAUAAGAAAAAAUCGGGAAGGAGACUGGAAUACUUGGCCAGAAAAAUCUGUGAUGCAGUUAAGAAUUGGGCUGAUGAAGAAGGGAACGUAGCUUUACGUGAAGGAGCGUUUGCAGCAGAUAAACAACUGGAAGCAGGAAUCCUUGGACUCAAUGGCGGCAUUGCAGGUGCAGUUGGUAAUUUGUUAUUAGCACAUGAUGAAAACAAACUAAUUUUCAACUUGGAUACAAACUCGUUAGGAGAAAACGCUAGGAUGCUGCAAUUAAUGCUCAGAGAAAAGCUCGGAGACCUAAGUAAAUACAGGUUUUUUGUAGAAAUAGAAGAUUUUCCCAGACUGUCGUUACGCUCUACGGAACAUGAGAAGCGGUAUGCGAGAGAUUUUUUGAAAAAUCUAUAUUUUUAUACUUACCAAGCUAAAGAAGAAAAUCUGGAGGGCAUCGCAACAAAUGAACUUCAAUUUUACGAAUCCGGUUAUGGCCUCAGGAAAUCAGAAUGGCAAAUUAAAUCGAAUGCGUUGUUUCUAAAAAUUCACAAUGAAAUACAAAUUUGGUGGAUGAUGGACCAAUCAGUGUAUUAUCUGACGCGAAAUAUGGAUAAAAUUGACAAGAUAUUUAAUGAAUUCAACAAUAAAGGUUUGUUGUCAUUUCUGAAUUACGUCUAUUUAAAAGACGUAUAUAACGCUAGUGUAGAAUUCAAAGCAGAAGCCCUUGAUGUUUUAUCUGCUUGUAAACCCGAUGCAGUUGAUCAAAGAAUGAUUGUUGUUCACACAGAUGCUCACAUGUUGACCAGUCACAAACUAGUCCAACUCUUCAAAGACAUGGUCAAUUGCAUAUUCGUAAAUAUUGAUUACAUUUGCAAAGUCUCGCCGAAUUGCUUAGAGACGAUAGUUGCUGAGCUCGGUGAACUCGAUAUACAUGUCGUCAUCAUCAUUUGCGAAAAUAUUUGUGCAUACUCAGAAAAUAUUAUCAGCGCGUGCGAAGGUAAAAAAAUUAUAUUAAUAGCUACUCAUCUCGCUCCGAAGAAUAACAAGGUGAUAGUAAAUGAUAACAGGGUUAAUUUAUUAGACUUAACAGAAACAUCCCAGAGCAAGGUUCUUCAAACUGUAUUCGUUUACCAAGGAGUUGAAGUCACAUUUGCUGAAGUGUUCGAUGAAGCAAAACAUUUAAUCACUGCCAAAAUACUCCAAAAAAUUAUAAAAAAUGAAAGCAUCAUAUUAGGGCAGACCCUGGAGUCGGCCACAUACAAAGAUAUGCAACAGUACUAUGUGCCAAGAGUUCUGGAACGCAAUACUACAUAUAAUUAUGUAUUAAAGAAGAAGGAUCUUAUUUUUUCUUCCCAGCAAUUCUCACCAUCAACACUAUUCGACCAUUAUGGUAUAUUUAAAAGCAUACCAAGAAAAACGAAUAACGAUGUUAUUCUCAUCAUAGACGCUCCCGGGAUGGGAAAAUCCACUUUGUUAACGCACUUGUCUCUAGAAACAAAGCGAAAGUAUCCGAAAACAUGGGUCCAUAGGAUAAACCUCAUUGACUACACGAAACAAUUCCACGAAUGGCAAGAGAAUAAAACUGAAAUUGACAUUGUCGAAGCGUUGAAAUUUUUAUGUAAAACUGUACUACUUGAUGAUGUAUUUAAAAGUAAAGUAGGCAGUACAAAUACUGACGUGAUCUUUGAACUAAUUAACGAUAAACCUAAGCUUGUCAGUUACGAUGUUAAUUGCCCACUGAAAUUAUUUAAAUUGAAAACAUUUUUAAAUUGUUUUGAAGAAAAAAACAUUGUCUUUUUGUUUGACGGUUUCGAUGAAAUAUCUCCGCACUACAAAAGCGAAGUAACUCAACUGUUGAAAUGUCUCGCGCAUGGCGAUGAAUCGUAUGAGACAGACACAUGCACAUCAGAGACACGCGCCGGAAGAUGUGUUUGGAUUACAAGCCGACCUUAUAAUGACCUAAAAGAUAUUUUGAUGGCAGAAUUUGGCGAUUCCUUCACACUGUUACCCUUUUCUUAUUAUGAUACGAACCUCUUUGUUAACAAAUAUAUGAGAAGGAAUCUUAAUAUAUCCAUGAUGACUACACGACAAAUGAAGAAUGUUUGGGGAUUUCUCGAGUAUAUGAAAAGAUUUGAUUUGCGAAGCAGCAAAUUAAUGACGGAUACUUUAAACAUAACUAAUGUUCAAUUACAUGGUAUUUACAUGGCUGCUGUGGAAUAUUUUAAAGCUGAAUUAAAAAUGAAUUGCUUGUUUGACAACUUGGCCGGGUACGAACAUUUGGAUUUCCAAGAAGAUGUGCUACUUGUAUGGAAAUUAUUCCAAAAUGAAGCUGAUUACGUUAAAUCCACCACGUUAUCAGGUGUACCGCUGAAUAUUUAUAUAGCGGUCCACUAUUUCCUUAGCCAAAUUAAAGACACAACAGACAUGAGGCAGGAAAAACUACAAUGGGACCUAGAUUCCAACACGUUUGCUUUCUACGAACGCUUCAUCGAAACAAAACUCAAGACCAUACGGUUCGAAGGGAAGAGCAAUAUCGAUAUGUAUAACCCUGACAUGCGAAUGACAUAUGAGAGAGAAAUGAAAGAGUUUCAGAACAAUCACAAAAAGUUAGCGUGUUAUGCAGUGUUUGAAGGAGAUCUGCUAACGGACGUAGAAUUGGAGGAAGUCAUUUCGAUUAUGAAAGGCAUGGAAAAUGGCAAAGACAAGACUGGGCUUGUGGAUAGGAUCGUCGACGGUAAGCCUAAAUUCGUCCAUAACAUAUUCGCAGAGUAUUUUGCAGUGGAACAUAUUUUUGAAAUCCUGAAAACUGGAGAACUGGACAACAAAAAGAGGAUGGUAGAUUUUAUACUAAAUGAUAUGAUUCCACACAGGGAAAAAGGCUUUCAGGUUAUGUUCGAUUUAAAAUUGAAGUGCACAUCAGGACUUACAAAUACGAUUACUGGUUUUUGUGAAAAUCUAAAUAAACAUAUUUUUCAGAUUAUAUUAAAACAAAGUAGGGAAAUGGAUCAGCGCAAAUUCCAUGCACGCCGUUACUCCACUGUUUUAGACAUACUUAUUAAAAACAAUUUGGUGGUUUUUAUGGAGUUCUUAAUGGACGCCAUCAUCAACGUAGUCGACGUGACGAAUGUGGUUGAUUUCCUCUCCAUUAUUGAAGAAAGCUUAUUCAUAAAGCAACUUGAUAACAAGAAAAUUAUGAACAAAAUUAUGAAUUGUAUUAUUAGUGUGGAACCGAUAAAAUUUUAUAGUAUUCUAAGAGUUAUUUAUGCAGAACGUAUGCCCUCUUUCUUUGCGGAUAUGUAAAAUAACUAAAUGAUAAUACCAUUACUAUGUAAUAAUUUGCACCUAAUGUGUAUGUACAUAUUAUGUGAAUAUGGUCAAAUGAAAAAAAAACACGUAAUAAUAAUAAUAUUGCAUUUACCAGUACAUAAUAAAUUCCAUAAAAAAAUCGUGUCAAUUCAUUUAAUCGGCGCUGCACGUUAUUUACUUGUUUAUCAUAAGCUAUGAGAAUGUCCCGAUCAGAAACACUAAAUCCUUAACUGUUAGGAUGAAGCAAUAUUUUUUUUCAGAAAUUUGGCUGAUGGGUGGGUAUUCUCAUCGACUCGGAUAGCGACCACCGCACACAAGUGCGUAUUUAUACGUAAACCUGCUAAACAGGACCAAGAAAGUGUGUCGCGUUCCGGGAUCAGCCUGUGUAUGUACGAUUUCAAACUAGCCGGUUUCAUUGUCGGCUGUCGAGAGAAAGUAAUCAUCUCUCUAGACCCCACCUCACUUACCAUCAGGUGCAGUGGAGUUACCUACCUAUCCGGCCUGAUAAGCACCUACUGGAUAGUUUUGCAAUAUUCGACCAAAUAAACAUAUACAGGGUAAUUU